AUAAAAUAAAAAUGAAUGAUUUCCCAGAGAAUAGUUUAACAGUAACAUUAUUAAAUAACAAUAGUAGUGACAAAAAUAAUGGCUGUAGUAUAAAAAAUAAUGAUCUUUAUAUCAAAUCAUUUGGUGAGCCAAUAGUAUUAAAUAUAGGUGGUGUUGAAUAUUAUACAACAAGAGGUACUCUAACAAACGAAAAAGAAUCAUAUUUCGAUAUAUUAUUUUCUGGUAAUUAUAAUAUCAAUUUAAUAAAAAAAGAAAAUAAACCAGAUACACUUUUUAUUGAUAGGGAUGGAUCUCAUUUUAGAUAUAUACUAAAUUAUUUAAGAGGUGACAUAAAUAAUUUACCAAAGUGCCCAAUUAUUAGAGGAGAAUUGUUUGUUGAAGCUGAUUUUUAUUGUUUACAAGGUUUAAAGCAGAUUUUAUACCCAUAUCAUUUUUACCAAUCUAAAAUAUUACCACAAUUUCUAUCAAAUGAUUUGAUUAAAUUAAUAAAAGAUUCUCUUCAGAUAAAAAAAACUACAUUAAUAUAUAGAGCAUCAGAAAAUAACUUUUCAGCAAGUUUAUUUCAUGAAUUAUGUGACUUUGCAGGACCAACUAUAACCAUUGUUAAAUCUAAAGAUAAUAUAUUUGGUGGAUUUACAUCAAAGUAUUGGUCACCUUCAACACAAUAUCAACUAGAUGACCAAAUGUUUUUAUUUGAUUUAUCAAAUCUACCACCAGUUUUAAUUAAAAAAAGUGGGAAUCAAAAUUUUCAAACUAUAUAUUCAAACAUUAAAUAUGGCCCUGUGUUUGGAUUACUUCAUCAAGGUUUAACAAUUUCGUCAGAUUGUAAUAUAAAUAAAGACAGCUAUUUCGAACAAUAUUACGAUUUUAAAGGAAAAGGUAAAAAAAAUUAUAAAAUUGAAGAAUAUGAAGUUUUCAAAAUAGAUAUUUAAAUAAAUAGAUAAAUAAAAAUAAAAAAUUUUUAUCUCUAUUAAAAAAAAAAAAA